GAAGUAGAGAGAGAAGAGGUGGGGGUGGAACGGGUAUUUUCGGGCAUUGAGAUUUUCUCGUCCACUUCGUGUGUUUGUUGUUCAUUCCUGCUCCUGUUUCUCUUCGAUUCGAGGGUGGUAAAAAGAAAAGAAAGAGGGCGGCGGUUUUGAUAGGCCUCCUCUUCGGCCGUGUUCGUUUGUUCGUUGGUUGUGUAGAGAGAGAAAGAGAGAGGUAGGUCUCGCUCGCUUGGCCCUUGUGUUGUUGUGAUCCAGAGGACGUCACUCCUCCGCCGUAGCUUGGGUCUUCUUCUUCAUCCACCCUAAUCCAAUAAUCAGUCUCCUGAUCUACCCUCUACUUUGCGGGAGCCUUCUUACCGUCAUCAAUUUUCUGCGUUUUGUGUGGGCGAUUGACCCAAUCAAAUCCAUCAUUCCAAUUGAAGAAUUGAAUCUUGACCUUCUCUUUCUUUCAUGGAAAGAGGGUUUUGAGGUACAGGAGAAAGAUUCAAUUAUUUCAUUAAUGGGUAGCAGUGAAUUAUCCUGUCUUAGAAAAUGCCCUCUUCCUUCCAUUAUCAUCUUUGUUUGAUUGAGAAGAAGGAAGAGGACAGGAGGCAAAGGCCACUGAUAUCAUCGUCAUCAUCAUCAACAACAUGGACGUGGAUUCAACCAUGGGGACAGAGAACGAGCAGCAGCAGCCACGAGAUCACAGCUCUUCUCCUGCUGUUGAUGAACAUCAACAGCAAGCAGAGCAGGAGCAUGAACAACAAGAGCAGCAAACCCCUUCACUGCCAUCAUCAUCCGCUGCUGCAGCAGCGCCCUCAUCUCCACAGCUACAGGCGGCAGCGAGCGUGAUGGGUCCAAGGCCGGCCCCGACAUACAGCGUGGUGAACGCCAUCAUUGAGAAGAAAGAGGACGGCCCUGGCCCCAGAUGUGGCCACACCCUCACUGCUGUUGCUGCCGUUGGAGAAGAGGGAACCCCCGGGUAUAUUGGGCCGAGGCUCAUCCUCUUCGGAGGUGCAACUGCCCUGGAGGGCAAUUCCUCUUCUACAGCCCCCUCUGGACCCCCUUCAUCCGGUGGAAAUGCUGGCAUCCGUUUAGCAGGCGCAACUGCUGAUGUUCACUGUUAUGAUGUCUUGUCUAAUAAAUGGUCGAGACUCACUCCACUUGGAGAGCAGCCUUCACCCCGGGCUGCACAUGUGGCUACUGCUGUGGGUACUAUGGUAGUCAUUCAGGGUGGCAUAGGUCCAGCUGGUUUAUCUGCAGAGGACCUACAUGUUCUCGAUUUGACGCAACAGAGACCACGGUGGCAUAGGGUAGUUGUGCAAGGUCCUGGCCCAGGGCCGCGUUAUGGACAUGUGAUGGCUUUGGUAGGGCAGCGGUUUCUUUUGGCCAUUGGUGGAAAUGAUGGAAAACGUCCUUUAGCAGAUGUUUGGGCAUUGGACACAGCUGCGAAGCCAUAUGAAUGGCGAAAAUUGGAGCCAGAGGGAGAAGGCCCCCCUCCAUGCAUGUAUGCAACUGCUAGUGCUCGCUCUGAUGGUCUACUCCUGCUUUGUGGAGGAAGGGAUGCAAAUAGCGUGCCUUUGGCUAGUGCUUAUGGCCUCGCAAAGCAUAGAGAUGGCAGGUGGGAAUGGGCUAUUGCCCCUGGUGUAUCACCAUCUCCUAGAUACCAGCAUGCAGCUGUUUUUGUGAAUGCCCGACUCCAUGUAUCUGGUGGAGCACUUGGUGGCGGACGAAUGGUAGAGGACUCCUCCAGUGUUGCAGUGUUGGAUACUGCAGCUGGGGUUUGGUGCGAUACCAAGUCUGUUGUGACAACCCCCAGAACAGGUAGAUACAGUGCUGAUGCUGCUGGAGGGGAUGCUUCUGUUGAGCUAACGAGACGCUGUAGGCAUGCAGCAGCUGCUGUUGGUGACUUGAUUUUUAUUUAUGGUGGACUUCGUGGUGGUGUCUUGCUCGAUGAUCUGCUUGUUGCUGAAGAUCUGGCUGCAGCUGAAACGACGACUGCAGCUUCACAUGCUGCUGCCGCAGCAGCAGCUUCCAAUGCUCAGGCGGGGAGAAGUCCAGGAAGAUAUGUGUAUGCUGAUGAAAGGGCCCGGCAUGUGAUUCCUGAGGCGGUUCCUGAUGGUGCUGUCGUGCUGGGAAGUCCUGUUGCUCCUCCAAUUAAUGGGGAUAUGUACACGGAUAUAAGCACAGAAAAUGCUGUGCUUCAAGGAAGGAGAUUGAGCAAAGGUGUGGAAUCCUUAGUUGAAGCUUCGGCAGCAGAAGCCGAAGCUAUUAGUGCGGCAUUAGCUGCUGCCAAAGCCCGACAGAGUAAUGGAGAGGUAGAGCAGCUCCCAGAUAGGGAUCGUGGGGCAGAGGCAACACCCAGUGGGAAACAACUUUCUGCCCCUGCAAAGUCACCAGAUUCUGUUAUUACCAAUAAUGUACCACCAACAGGAGUUCGACUUCAUCACAGAGCUGUUGUGGUAGCUGCAGAAACUGGAGGAGCUUUGGGAGGUAUGGUCAGGCAGCUUUCUAUUGACCAGUUUGAAAAUGAAGGAAGACGUGUUAGUUAUGGGACGCCAGAGAGUGCAAAUGCAGCUAGGAAGCUAUUAGAUAGGCAGAUGUCUAUUAAUAGUGUACCUAAAAAGGUUAUUGCACAUCUUCUGAAACCUCGGGGUUGGAAGCCUCCUGUGCGCAGGCAGUUCUUUUUAGAUUGCAACGAAAUCGCAGAUCUUUGUGAUACUGCAGAGCGAAUAUUUUCUUGUGAACCUAGUGUUUUACAAAUUAAAGCUCCUGUCAAGAUUUUCGGUGAUUUGCAUGGUCAAUUUGGAGACCUUAUGCGCUUAUUUGAUGAGUAUGGAUCUCCAUCUACAGCAGGAGAUAUAACUUAUAUCGAUUAUCUCUUCUUGGGUGAUUACGUCGACCGGGGGCAACACAGUUUGGAAACUAUUACUCUUCUGCUUGCUCUGAAGGUCGAGUAUCCGCAUAACGUGCAUUUGAUUCGUGGGAACCAUGAAGCAGCAGACAUUAAUGCCUUGUUUGGUUUUCGGAUUGAGUGUAUUGAGCGCAUGGGUGAGAGGGAUGGAAUUUGGGUUUGGCACCGUAUAAACAGGUUAUUCAACUGGCUUCCUUUGGCUGCUCUAAUUGAGAAGAAAAUCAUUUGCAUGCAUGGUGGCAUUGGGCGGUCCAUAAAUCAUGUGGAGCAGAUUGAAAACAUUCAACGUCCCAUCUCCAUGGAAGCAGGCUCAGUGGUUCUUAUGGAUCUACUAUGGUCUGACCCAACAGAGAAUGAUAGUGUUGAAGGACUGCGUCCAAAUGCCCGAGGCCCUGGUCUGGUUACAUUUGGGCCUGAUCGUGUCAUGGAAUUUUGCAAUAAUAAUGAUCUCCAGUUGAUUGUACGUGCACAUGAAUGUGUGAUGGAUGGAUUCGAACGUUUUGCCCAGGGGCAUCUCAUAACGCUCUUCUCAGCAACCAAUUAUUGUGGUACAGCAAAUAAUGCAGGAGCCAUAUUGGUAUUGGGGAGAGACCUUGUUGUGGUUCCCAAACUCAUACAUCCUGUGCCCCCGGCCAUUACGUCACCAGAAACAUCUCCUGAGCAUCAUAUCGAGGAUACAUGGAUGCAGGAGCUCAAUGCUCACCGACCGCCAACGCCAACCAGAGGCCGUCCACAAUCUGGUACAGAUCGGGGUUCUCUUGCUUGGAUUUGAUAUUAUUAUGUGCUGGUUCUCUUCCCUGCGAUGCGGUGGAUCGAGGAUGUCAUGGUGUGUUGUUUGAGAAUUGGAAAAAGGAAGUACAUCCUUUGUCAAACAACCGUGGCAUGAUGAGGCCUGUUGCCCUUCUUCCUGCUGCUGUCCUGACCAGUGAGUGUCCAUCGAUCAUUCCUCUUCUCAUACAUGUCAAGGCACAGGUGAUUUUAGUUACUUCCUAGAAAAGAGCGGCGGCAUCAAAGAUGGUGGUUUAAAGUUUAGAAAGUGGCUGGAUGGUUUGUGUGCUAGGUAGAUAGCUAGGUGUUUUUUAACUGGGGCUGGUUGGUUGGUUGCAAAAGUUUGUGAGAGGUUGCCGCUGUAUAUUGAGCCACGUGCAGCCAUGCAUAUGCUGUUUCUUCUAUUUUGAUGUUUCCAUUACAAAAUAGGUUAAUUCUUUUUUCCUUUGCCCCUUUUUUCUCUCUCACUUGAGAAAAAGACCUUUAUUGGCUCAUCGGAGUAUCAAAUAUUGGAUCAUGUACCAUAGAAUAGUUUCCGGUGUGCAGUGCUGUUCAAUAUGUAGCCCUGUUGUGCACUUGUACAAUGUAAGUUUUGUGUGAAGAGAAAGAGACUUUGAUUAUCCUGGACCUGUUCGAUGAUCACCUGAGAAGUGUGUAUUUCUGCGGGGCUUGGCUUCAACAGAUGGUGCUGAUUGUGGUUUCACUCAUCGUGGGUGAAUCAAUGGAGAGAGAGAGACACAGAGACAGAAACAUAGGAGCAUAUACUUGUGAUUGUGCUUUUAACUGUAUGCUUCAUUGCCAUCUUUCAUUUGAUUUUUGUGCCAUAAUAAGAUGAUGUUACAUGGGUUUGUGAUGGGGGGACUAUGCUUGAGGAAAUGCCUAAUAUUAUACCC